AUGAAGACACCUGAAGGUUCGGCAAAGCAGAGGUCUACAAUUGGCGUACAGCAUUCGGCAGUCAAGCUACUGAAGGAUGCAUCUUCGAAGAGAGCAGUCCUGCAGAGCGUAAAGAAAGAAGGAGUUUGGAGUCCAACAGAUGAUGUCGUGCUCAUCAGCGCAUGGCUGAACACGAGCAAAGAUCCCGUUGUUGGGAAUGAGCAGAGGUCAGUUGCAUUCUGGAAAAGAAUCGCAGCUUACUUCAACACCAGUCCCAAGCUUGUUGGAUGUGAAACGAGGGAGUCGUCUCAGUGCAAGCAAAGAUGGCACAAGAUCAAUUACCUGGUCUGCAAGUUUUGUGGAGCGUUUGAGGCUGCAACCAGGGAGAGAAGUAGUGGGCAAAAUGAGAAUGAUGUUCUCAAACUUGUCCACGAAAUCUUCUUUAGCAACCACAAAAAGAAGUUCAUCUUAGAGCAUGCCUGGAAGGAAUUGCGUAAUGACCAGAAGUGGUCUGAGCUAUCUACUGCAAAAAAUGAUGGAAGUUCGAAGAAGAGGAAGGUUGAUGACGCUUCACAGUCAGAGAGCUCUCAAGCAAUUGAAACCGAUGAUGAAAGAACCAACCGUCCCCGUGGCGUUAAGGCAUCAAAAGCUAAUGGGAAGAAGGCAAUGGUUGAUGGCAAGGAUUUUGCUAAGUUCCAGACGAUGUGGACGAUCAAGAAGCAGGAUUUGGAGAUAAAGGAAAGGCUGUCCAAGAUGAAGCUACUGGACAGUCUCCUUGGAAAACAAGAAACGCUACAAGAUUAUGAGGAAGCGCUGAAGAAGAAACUCAUAACUGAGUUGAUAUGCUCAUGGAAGGCUUGGUCUCUCUUCACUCCAAAAGUGUACAGCAGCUAUUCUCGUCUAUUGUCAUAUGGUACUGCGGCGGAUACGGUAGACGAAUACCUCCGGCUCGGUGAAACUACAAGUCGGUCAUGUUCGGAGAAUUUUGUGGAAGGAAUUAUACAAUUAUUUGGCGAUGAGUACCUAAGAAGACCAACUCCGACUGAUCUUCAACGUCUACUUGAUAUUGGAGAGUACCGUGGAUUUUCCGGGAUGAUAGGAUGCAUCGAUUGUGUGCAUUGGGAGUGGAAGAAUUGUCCCACUGCUUGGAAAGGGCAAUAUUCUCGUACCUUAAACGAUAUCAAUGUUCUUGAUCGCUCACCGGUUUUUGAUGACAUAAUAAAGGGUCAUGCUCCGGAAGUCAUUUACUAUGUCAAUGGAAGAGAGUAUCAUAUGGCUUACUAUCUCACCGAUGGUAUUUAUCCGAAAUUGGCAACUUUUAUCCAAUCUAUUCCAUUACCACAAGGGCCGAAAGCAGUUUUAUUCGCUCAACGUCAAGAAGCUGUCCGAAAGGAUGUCGAGCGUGCUUUUGGAGUCUUGCAAGCUCGCUUUGCCAUCAUAAAAAACCCAGCACUUUUUUGGGAUAAAGUCAAAAUUGGAAAGAUUAUGCAAGCAUGUAUCAUACUUCAUAAUAUGAUAGUAGAAGACGAACGGGAUGGAUACACUCAGUUUAAUGUUUCGGAGUUCCAACAAGGAGAAGACAACGGA